UGAACAAUCAAAUCAUGACGUAAAAUGGAUUAAUUACUGGAACUGUAACUUUAUAAGUGCAAAACUUGUUUAUCCUUGAAAUAUUACUUUAUCUGCGGUUUAGAACAAUGGGAAUAAAUAUGAUUUAUGAUGGGCCAGUAUGAAGAAAGUAUUUCGUUGUCAGUAACAUAUAUGUAUAAUUGUGUAACACUCCUGUACACAUCUUCAUUACUUAAUGUUGUGCAUUCUUGAAUAGUGAUCAAGAGCUAAGCAUGGACAGGAAACGGAAAUCAACUUUGGAUAAGAGCUAGGUCGGUCGGAACAUAUACAUGCAUACGUUAUGCCUCUAAGUAAUCAUUCAAGCUGCGAUUUGCACAUCACGCAGAGAACGAACAAAACUGUUGUCCAAUGUGACAAAAAUGCUACUUGAAUAGGAUUCAGUGAUAUAAAUUGCAAAUUUGUAUAUAUUUUGCAUGAAAAAAUGUUACACUUUAUAGAAAUUUUUCUAUUCUCCUGUCUUGUGGUAAGGGGUGGUUGGGGGAAGAGGGACAAUUGUCCAGACGUGAAGCCUAUGAAGGAUUUUAACAUUUUUCAAGUUCUCGGACCAUGGUUCGUUGUGCAGUACUAUUCCAGUGCGGAAAUAGCAUUCACAUAUCACUGUAUGAAAACAGAGUUUGGACUUUCAAAUGGAAACAUGGACAUGAAAAUGCGAUUAACCUACAAGUACGCUGCCGAUCCGAAUGAAGAGAUGCAAACAGGAAACAUUACGUGGCAAAUUCCUGAUCCAAUGCGACCCGAACACUGGCGACACACAGAAGACCACUAUAAGGGAGUAUAUAAUACGGACGUAAUCGACACGGACCAUUCUUCCUGGCUAAUUUUGCUCCAUUGCUCAGAUCCUGAAUCAGAGAAAAAGUUCUUGUCAACUUUCAUCCUGAGUCGAACCCCGUACAUGGACAAAUUGCAGAUGGACUAUCUUCGAGAAAAGGUGGCUGCAUAUGGCGUAAAUCUGGAGUACCUCUUCCCUGUGAACCAAACUUUCUGCAACAACGGGGAGCAAUUUUACGCACAACCGGAGGAGACGACAACGACAACGACCACAAGUUCACCAAUUGACGAAGAAGAAGACCAGGAUCUCUAUUUUGCAGAAGAUUCUGACAGUAACAACAGUACGGAUGGUUUUGAUGGUGAGGAUCUGGUCCCGAUUUCGGAGGAUAACACUCAAGGCGAUAAUCCAUCGGAUGAUAAGCUUCAAAUAUAUCCGGAAUAGGAUUCUAUUUUUGGCAUACUUACAUAUUUGGUUGCUACGUUGUUGUUUUUAGCUAAAUAAAUAAGAAAUUAUCAUACUUUUA